AUGGUUUUGAAAUAUAGCUUUAACACGUUAUUUAAGCGUUACAAAAUCUCAGUUGUAAGACCAACAAUAGCUCGUAGAACCCUUUACCCGCGUUCCCUGGAAAAACAGGUGAAUGUCAUUCUCCUUCGUGACCACCCGGCGUUGGGUAAGAAGGGAGCAAUCGUCGCAAUACCACGUGGAUAUGCCAAUUAUCAUUUAAUACCACAUGGUAUAGCCGUAUACUCCAAUUGGGAAAAUCUAGAUCUAUUCGCUGGCCCGUAUAAAGAACCGGGAUUCAGCCGUGCUACUGUUGACGUUGUAGUGAAACAAGCGGGAAAUGGAAUCGAUAACUCUUCCUCUGAAAAAGCGACAGAUGUGGCGGUUUCUAUUGUAGUAAAAACCUUGUCAAAAGAACGAGGCGUCUUGUGUACUCCUUUGUCUAUGUACUCUGUACUUGAUUUUGUCUCUAGGAAACAUAAAAUAGAUUUUGUGCCUUCUCAAGUGCACGGUGUGACACGUAGUGACGGUGGCAAGCAGCAUGGAGGCGCUACGAAACUAACGCUCACAGGGGAAUACAAAAUCGCUAUACAAGUACAACUGAAUUCUUCCUCAGUUCAACUCUUUACCAUUUUACUCACGGUCAUUGAUCAUGCUAAUUCGUAA